UCACUUGACGACACGAACACACAUAAGAUAGAGAGAGAAAAACCAAACAAAAACAAAACCCUUGUUUCAAUUCUUCUUCUCCUUAAUUUCUUCACUCUUUCUUCUUCUUCUUCUUCGCGUUUUGUCUCAUGAAAAAGCACGUGAAUCUAUAAAACGACGUCGUAAUGGGUCAAAAACCUCAUCUUCAGCUCAAGGACCUGGGAUCCAAACUCCAAAUUAUUCCUUCUUCCAUAGAAGUUCUAAUUCAAAUAUUGAAGCAAGCGGCAACAUGCCUUACGGACAUGGAUCAAUCACCCUCGGCUUCAGCAUUGGAGUCAAUGAAGCCCUUUUUGAAUGCAAUUGUUAAGUCAGAAUUGCUGAAGCACCAAGAUAGGGAUGUAAAACUUCUAGUAGCAACAUGUGUUUGUGAGAUAACGCGAAUAACUGCACCGGAAGCUCCUUACAGUGAUGAUGUUCUAAAGGACAUCUUUCAGUUGAUUGUGAGCACUUUUAGUGGCCUGAGUGAUAUAAGUAGUCCAUCCUUUGGCAUGGAAGUUGCUAUGUUGGACACUCUUGCAAAAUAUAGAUCGUGUGUUGUAAUGUUGGAUCUUGAAUGUGAUGACCUGGUGAAUGAGAUAUUCAAUACUUUUUUUGCAGUUGUGAGAGAUGAUCAUCCAGAAAGUGUUCUAUCAUCCAUGCAAAGUAUUAUGGCUGUUCUCUUAGAGGAGAGUGAGGAUGUUCGUGAGGAUCUUUUAUCUAUUCUUCUGUCCAUGUUAGGUCGUGAAAAAAGAGAUGUUACUGCAGCAGCAAGGAAGCUUUCCAUGAAUGUCAUACAGCAAUGCAUAGGCACACUUGAACCUAGCAUCAAAGAAUUUUUUCUAUCAUUAGUGUCAGGAAAAAGCAAGCCAGUGAAUAGUCAACUUCAGAACCAUGAAGUAUUAUAUGAUAUAUGUUGCUGUGCUCCUCAGAUCCUAUCUGGAAUUCUCCCUUAUGUCACAGGGGAGCUACAGACUGACCAGUUGGAAACCCGUCUGAAAGCAGUGAACUUAGUCGGCGAUAUAAUUGCUCUUCCUGGAAUUUCCAGUGCUUUGGCAUUUCAGCCAAUACUUUCAGAGUUUUUAAAGACGUUGACUGAUACAGAUUUUGGGGUUCGCAUAUCAGUCCUUGAUCAUGUAAAGAGCUCUCUUCUGUCAAAUCCUCAGAGACCUGAAGCUCCUCAACUAAUCUCUGCCCUUUGUGACGGGCUUAUGGAUUCUGAUGAAAAUUUCCGAAAGCAAGUUGUGGCUGUUAUCUGUGAUGUGGCAUGUCAUGCUCUACAUGCAGUUCCUUUUGACGCCGUGAAUCUUGUAGCAGAACGGCUUCAUGAUAAAUCUCAACUUGUUAAAAAGUAUACCUUGGAGAGAUUGAUCGAGAUAUAUAGAGUUUUUUGUGAGAAAAGCUCCGACAACGUUAACCCCGAUGGAUAUGACUGGAUUCCAGGGAAGAUCCUUAGAUGUUUCCAUGACAAAGAUUUCAGAUCAGAUACAAUCGAAUCUGUUCUGUGUGGGUCCUUGUUUCCUUCGGAGUUUGCUAUGAAUGAUAUGGUUAAACAUUGGGUUGAUAUUUUCUCUGGAUUAGAUAAUGUGGAGGUCAAGGCUCUUGAAAAGAUACUGGAGCAAAAACAAAGGCUACAAGAGGAGCUGCAGAAGUAUCUAGCUCUGAGGCAGAAUAGUCAGGAUAAAGAAAAUCCUGAGGUUCAAAAGAAGAUCAUGUUCUGUUUUCGAGUAAUGUCCCGUUCAUUCGCUGACCCAACGGAGGCUGAGGAGAGUUUCCAGAUUCUUGAUCAAUUAAAUGACACUAAUAUCUGGAAAAUUUUGACGAAUCUUGUUGAUCCAAAUACGAGCUUUCAUCAAACUCGUGCAUACAGGGAUGAUUUAAUUAAAAUACUUGGUGAGAAACAUCAGCUCAAUGAAUUUCUGAAUACCUUAUAUGUGAAGUGUUCCUAUUUGCUAUUCAACAAGGAGCACACAACAGCAAUUCUUUCAGAAAUCAUCAGAUAUAAUUCGGCUGAGAAUGAUCAGCGUAUACAAUCUUGCAUGAAUAUAUUAGUGAUUAUUGCUCGUUUCAGUCCACACUUGUUUAGCGGUAGUGAGGAGGACCUGGUGAAGCUACUCAAGGAUAGUAAUAAUGAUAUGAUCAAAGAGGGUACUUUGAAUGUUCUAGCAAAGGCUGGUGGUACAAUUCGAGAACAACUAGCAGUUACGUCAAGUUCUGUAGACCUUAUGUUAGAAAGACUAUGUUUAGAAGGCAGUCGGAGACAGGCAAAGUAUGCUGUGCAUGCUCUAGCUGCAAUAACAAAAGAUGAUGGCCUCAAGUCUCUCUCUGUUCUAUACAAGAGGCUUGUAGAUACGAUGGAGGAGAAAACAAAUCUGCCCACCGUUUUGCAGUCUUUGGGUUGUAUAGCACAGACUGCAAUGCCUGUAUUUGAAACUAGAGAGAGUGAAAUUGAAGAAUUUAUAAUAAACAAGAUUCUUAAAAGUGAUGGUAAAGAUGAUCACACAGGAGCAUCUUGGGAUGAUAAAAGUGAUAUUUGUGUGUUGAAGAUAUAUGGCAUCAAAACCAUAGUGAAAAGCUACUUGCCGGUCAAAGAUGCUCUUGUUCGUCCUGGUAUUGAUGGUCUUCUGGAUAUCCUACGAAACAUGCUUUCAUAUGGUGAAAUAUCAAAGGACAUAAAGUCAAGUUCAGUCGAUAAGGCCCAUCUGAGGCUUGCUUCUGCAAAGGCAGUUCUUCGUUUGGCAAGGCUUUGGGAUCAUAAAAUUCCUGCUGAUAUUUUUCACUUAACUUUAAGGACGUCAGAGACUGGCUUCCCUCAAGCUAAGAAGGUUUUCUUAAGCAAAGUUCAUCAAUAUAUAAAAGACCACAAUUUGGAAGCCAAAUAUGCAUGUGCUUUUAUAUUAAACAUAUUCGGAACCAACUCUGAGGAGUUUGCAGAGGAUAAGCAGAACUUAACUGAUGUUAUUCACAUGUAUCACCAAGAAAGGGCUGGGCAGCUUUCAGGGCAAUCAGAUGCAAAACCCUUGACCACUUACCCUGAGUACAUUCUUCCAUACCUAGUUCAUGCACUUGCUAACCUAUCUUGUCCCAAUAUUGAUGAAUGCAAGGAUGCUGAAGCAUACAAAACUAUAUACAGGCAGUUGCACUUGAUACUAUCAAUGCUCGUGCAACGAGAUGAAGAUGUCAAGUCGGAAGUAACUGCCGACAAAGAGAAAGAAACUAUAUCUGCCAUUACUUCUAUCUUCCAGAGCAUUAAACUCUCAGAAGACGCGGUUGAUGCAUCAAAGUCAAAGAAUUCCCAUGCCAUAUGUGACCUUGGAUUAGCAAUCACCAAGCGACUACUGCAUAAGGAUGUUGAUAUGCAAGGAUUGUCUCAUUCAGUUUCUUUACCUCCCAUACUAUACAAAGCAUGUGAGAAGGAAAAUGAUCUUAAGGCAAGCGAAGUAACAACAUGGUUGGCUGAUGAAAGUGUCUUGGCUCAGUUUGAAUCAGUUGAAUUAGAAAGUGUUCCAUCUCAAUCAGCUGAGGAUCAUGCUUUAAAGGACAGUGAAAAGGACAGGAAUGAAGUUCCCCUUGGAAAAAUAGUAAAGAAGAUAAGGUCUCGGGGAACUAAGGGGAAGAAGGUGGUGAAAAAGAACAAGACCAUGACAGUUGAAACGAAAAAAGCUGGAGAUGAUUUUGAUAUCAUAAAUAUGGUCAGAGAAAUUAAUUUGGAUAACUUGGGGAUAUCUACUAAUUUUGAAUCAAGUAAUGGUCAUGAAAGUUCUUUGAGUAAGAAGGUGCAGAAAGACCCCGAGUUUGGAACAAUUAAAAAACGAAAAGUGGGAGAAGAAACACUUGCUCCAGUGCCUAAACGGAAACGGUCUGCUGUUACCCAUGGAAAAUCGCGACCAAGUAGUUCUUCAAAAGCUUCUCAAAGAAUUUCAGAGGAAGUUCCCUCUGGAGGGAAAUUACUGUUAAAUGCAGGAGUUAGCCCUGAUACAGGUAGCAAAAAUAUGCAGAGAAAAUUGGUCAAAGGCAAAGAGCCCUCAUCAGAACAAAAAAUUAAGGCCUCUGAGAAUCAUCGUAUUGAUGAAUCUGACAAAUCUGAAGACCAUGACAUAAAGAGUUCUGGUAAAUUGAAGACACCUAAUAAGACGAAAAAUGAGAAUUUCAAAACGUCAGCAGGCUCUACUAAAAGGCAGAAAAGGAAAAGUAUUGGAGGAUUAGCUAAGUGUACGACAAAGGAAGGUGAAAGUGAUGCUGAAGAUCUGAUCGGCUGCAGAGUUAAAGUUUGGUGGCCUUUGGAUAAGAAAUUUUAUAAAGGAACCGUUCAGUCUUAUGAUUCUUCAAAGAGGAAGCAUGCGAUAUUGUAUGAUGAUGGAGAAGUAGAAAAACUGUGUUUGGAAAAGGAACGUUGGGAGCUCAUUGAUGGGGGCAACAAAUCUAAUAAGAAGCUAAAGUCCUCAAAAAGCCCAUCGUUACAUGAAGUUUCUACUGGGAAGAAACAGAGAAGUUCAGGUGGUUCAACGAGCAAAAAGACAACAAAAAUAGUUAAUGGUAAACCAUCUCCUAGCAAGCAUGCAAAACGUGGACAAAGAAAAGCAUCAAAAACUAAUUUCCAUGAAGGUGUUAAUGAGAGCUCCGACUCUGAGUUACCUAACCCUGAAGAGACCACAAUAGCUGAAGCUGAGAUCAACUCAGAUGGUUCUAAAGGGGAACAGGAUGAAGGGUCUGAUGUUAACAUAACAAAAAAGAAGAAACCUAACAGGAAAAGGAAAUCAGUUUCGUGGGGUAAGAGAUCUAAGAAAAAGAAGAGCGUGAGUAAUAAGAAAGAACCCGAUGAAGAGAAGCAUGAACCCAAUGAAGAGAAGCAGGAACCAGAUGCAGAGAAACAAGAUUAUCCUGAGACACUUUCUGAAGAUAGAGAGGGUUACCCACAAGGAGCUCAAAACGACGAAGAAGAAAAUAGUUCAAAAGAAAGAGAUGCCGAUGAAUCAAGAGAAGCUUCGAGAGAAAAUGUUAAUGAGGAAGAAGAAUCAGGUCCUGAAGGGAACCAACAUGAGAGUGAUGUGGAAAGUAGUCCUAGCAGAGAAGUGAAAAAAUCACUUGAUGAUCUUACAAGUCCUGAAGAUGCCACAUUUGCUGAGCUUCCCGAUGAUGAGCCGCUGAUAAAAUGGAAACCCCGCUCAGGGAAGAAAAGGUUGUUGGGGAAAAAACAAUGAGCAUUUUGGCUGCUUUUGUAACACAAAUCUUUGAAUUGUAACCACCCUAGAGUGGUGUUGUGGAAGCAUUUAAUCUGUAUCAGUAUAAGUAGAGGUACAAUGUAUGGUGACUACCAUUUAUUGACACAUUAAUAGAUAUGCUAUGCAUGUCUUGUAUUGUAUUUUGUAGCCACCCUUGUGUAGAUGUAAGUUGUAAACUUCCCACAUUUAGGAGGAAAAAAUUUGAUGGUGCAUUAGGGUUUUUAGGGAUGUUAUGCAAAAUGACCUUUCAUUAGUAGUGUGUAGGUGAUCCUAGGUUUAACUUAUUCAUGUAGAUGUUGUUCAUCCUUCCAUCAUAAUCAAUUGACUUAAGCAACAUGUACAGCUAUACAUGGUCAUAAAUUGUAUUUGUUGUAUCUUUAUUUACUAUUCACUUCGUAGUCUUUGUAACUAUGAUAACUUCACCAUCA